AUGAUAUUCGUACAUGAUAAUGAAUACAUAUACAUGCGGCUGAUUAGAGUAACCGCUGCAAACUUAGGUUAUGGACAGGUGGCAGAUAAAAUUCGUCGAGAUGAACGUGUAUCCGUUAUCGAGAGGACCAAUUUGAGAUAUCUUACUGAGCUUCCUCAUAAAGUUGACUUGGUGACUUUGGAUCUUUCAUUCAUCUCUAUACUUCUAGUCAUGCCUGUUGUUGUUAACCUGAUGAAAGAAGAAGCUACACUGAUUACAUUAAUUAAGCCUCAAUUCAAGGCUCAUAGAUCACAAGUAGGAGGAGGUGGGAUUGUUAGAGAUCCCUUGGUUCAUCAAGAGGUGCGGGAGAAGAUUGUGAAGGGUGUAGAAGAUCUUGGUUUCCAAUGCAAUGGUUGGAUAGAGUCUCCUUUAAAGGGUGCUGAAGGAAACAUUGAAUUCUUGGCUUGUUUUACCAGAACAACCACCAGUCAGAAUAGAGUAGAUUAGUUAUCCCGUGUGCCA